AGCCAAUUAAACCGCGUGCUUGUGUGUCCGGGGCGGGACAUUAAUGUCAUUGGUUGUUGGUCGCACGCCAGACACGCCCACCGGCAAGCGCUGCCGUGUGGACGCACCGUUAAAGCCACCGACUGUAAACUCAAAUACACACAAUAUAAACCCUUAUUUAAAAGCACUGCCAUGUCUAUGGAUAAGGGGGUAAACAGUAAAUAUAUUUAUUUAACAAUAGUUUAUUUAUAUAUUUACAAAGUCUCUUAUGAUAACACUUGUUUUUAAUGCUACACACCCAAAUGAUAAAAUAAACUCUACUUGUAUUAAUUAUUGGUUUGUAAAUCAUUUUCAGUGUUUAAUAAUUGGUUUCUGGUCCAUCUGUCAUGAUUACUAAUAUAAUAUAAUGAAUAAUAAUAGAUUAUGUAGAAUAAUAAACACUACAACAUGUUUAGAAAUGAUUUAAUUACAUAGAGGUAUGAUAACUUCACCAGUAAAUAGAUUAGGCUUCUUAUUAGUUAAUACUCCACAAACUCAGGGACAGUUUUAUUCCACAGCCCAUGAGACUAUAAGCACCUGAACGUUUUAAAGAACAUCUGUUUGUCAUCUUGCUAAUUAUUUACCUAAUAUAUCAUAUUCCAUGUACUUGUAUAUAGACUCUUCUUGCAAUAUUUAUAUUAUAUGUGUAUUAAUUUGCACAUCUCAAAACAUUCUCUUGCACUAUUUUAUUUGUUUUAUGUCCUAAAUAUAUAUUCAUCUUGCUCUGUUGGAGGAGGACUUCAGUUUUUCAUUGACAUAUCUGCACUGUAGCUGCUGAGCACACUAUAGAGUAAACGCUCUUCUAUGCGCUGCAGUACCAGGUGUGCCCGGCGGGCAUCGCUGUUUCCACAGUAGCAGAACUACCUCUAUGUUGUGAAGGACUAUGUUGGGAAAACCUUUAAAGUGUUGAUAAUCCGGGUUUUUGGGGGCUUUUUUCUCGGUUGUUUUUCGGGGGGAUCGCGAGACCCACUCUCCCGGAGGACUGCUGCCCGGCUCAGGCUGCGUGUUUUCGGGCAGCUGCUGUGGGGUUUUCUGGAGGGUUUUUUUUUUUUUACAAGUUAGCUCCACAGCUAAGUCACGUCAGCUGUGCGGCUGGAAGUGUCAGCUCGGACUCCUUAAUGCGUUUUAAAUACUUUUUCUACAUGAAACUGGGAGAGGAGUAAGGGUGUUUUCCUGCGGGAGAAAAGGCUCGGUGAUCCGGACUCUGGGUCUGCGGACUGAGAGGCCUGCGGGUCGGGCUCCAUCCACCGGGCUUGAGUUGAGCUUCGACGCCGCCUCAGAGGGCUCGGAGGCCGGCAGAAGAAACUGCCUCCGCCGGGGCCUGCGGAGCGAGGGAUGGAGCGGAUGGAAGUGGACCAGUGCGCAGGCGCAGCUGGCGGGGCUCUGCGCAGGUCGAACAGCGCCCCCAUGAUCACCAGUGUCAGUGACGGGAUGACGGUGUUCAGCCCGGUGUCGUCGGCUCGGUAUCGACGCAGCAGCGUUUCAAUAAACCCCAGCUCACAGCUCGUCCCUCUCUCUCCGUUCUCUCUGACUGGAGACAGACUCGACCUCAAGAGGCAGGAGGAGAACAUGGAGGCGGCGCUCAGAGGAAGUCUGCAGAGACGGAGUGCUUCCAGUCUGAUCCCAGCUCCCGUCAGUCAGUGGCACGACCACGCCUCAGUGUGGUUCCAGUCGCAGGACAGCGGCGUCACGCCAAACUCCUCCCCUUCUCCCACCAGGAGGUUCAGACCAGCAGUCAGUGCAACUGUGAGAGUCCCGGCACUAACUCCACUCAAGAGGAAAGGAGGAGUCGAGUCUGACGGACCCCCGAAGAAGCUUUUUGUCGCCGGAGUAUCGGACCCCCCCCACCGCAGCAGCUACACCGUCAGUGUCUCUCAGUCGGUGGUCGACUCCCCCACUGCAGUCAGUCCUCAGUCCAGCCCUCUGUCUCUCUCUCCUCCCCCCUCCUUCACCCCCUUCACCUCCCAUCACCACCCAGGACACUAAACCACCUCAUAAUCCUCACCCAAAGUCCUGACCAGCAGCUCCAAAACCCCCGGAGGAACAUCGACUCCCCAUCGCACCUUAUUCCUGUAAUCACGCCUCUUCCUGCGACGACAGGAAGUACUGAUCAGCCUGGUUUAUGACUUCAUUGGAAGUGUCUGUUUUGGAUCUCUGGAUGUUUUUCCUGCAGCUCUGAAGCAUCAGACUUCCUUGUGAGGUUCGUCGUACGUGGCUCGUAGGUCGAACCUCAAAUGAUAAAUAUUGUACAAAGGAUUCAUCAUCAGCAACAGCAUCGGGAGAUCACGGAAGAAAACUGUUCGGGAGUCUUGAGGACACACGGGUUGUGUCUUAACGAGAUUCUGAUUUGAGAAGUUUAACUCAAGAAGCGUUCAAGAAACAACCAAGCACACAAACGUCUCAAAAACUGCAGAUUUCGAAGGAGUUUUAGAGGUUAAAAUCAUAUUUCUGUGUUGGUCCCUGAAGGUAGCAAUCUCCCUGGUCCAAUGGGAUAUCUCCAUGUGAUUUUGGAUUAUGAUUUUUAGCCCAGAAAACCAUAGAGCUCCAGACCAGGGGACAGGAAGUGAGGAAAUGCUGACUCAUUCCUGCAGCUCAGGUCCAAUUCUCGAGUGGAUGAAGCUCCAGAUCGUCUUUAUUCUUCAGAGGUUUUGAUGAACUUUUAAUAAGGUCUUGAGUUGUAAUCAAGACAAAAUCAAACCGGUGACGAGGAAUGUUUUCGAGGCUCUUCAGGAACAUUUGGUUCAGCCGGUUCUCAGCUUUUGGUCCUGGAGUCGUUGGAAAUCAAGUCCGUUAUCAGGAAGAAGUAGAAGUCCUCUGGUUUAUUUGGUCUUGAAGUUGAAAGUCUGAUGGAUCUGGACUUUAUCAGCACUUAAACCACUCAGCGAACCAGGGUUACGCACUUUUUGUGCAUCGUAAAACUACCAUAAGGUUUCAAGGAGUUUAUAGCUGAAGAUGAAGAAUUUAGCGUCUUUCAUCAACAAAACAAAUAACUAAACCUCCAAAAAGCCGAAUAUCCAAUAAAGCAAAGUAAAAGGCAUCUUAUUCCCAACUAGGGAUGUCACGAGAAAGAAAUGUACAGUCGAUACCAGUAACGGUUUCACGUUAACAAUUCAUUAACAAAGACUACCGUAAACGUUAGCCUACUGGUUUCGGUUAGGGUCAUAAUUCGCUAAAAUUUCAAUUUUAUUCUUCUGUGAAAACAUCUGAAUUUACUCAAGUUUCUCACCAAAAACUACAUUUACAGGACUACAGCGGAGACAUCAUGAUAACGUUAUAAUCUACGUUCUCCCCACAUUAAUUUUUACUUACCAGAGCAUGAACGCAUCAUCGUGCAAUUCACUCCUUCGACUGCUAACGGCUAACUGCUAACCUUAACUACCUUCUUGCCGAUUUGAACAUGGAUUCGUUGUUCAAAAUGUAGCAUUAUCUCCGUAAAUAGUGAGUUUACUGCGUCCCAAACUACUUUUCUAUCGUCCCCCGGAUGCCGUUAGUCUGAAAAUGUCAUGGCACCACCAGGAACUACGGUACUUGCGAUACUGUCGAAAAACCAGUAUCAUCAACUUUUUAGGAUAUUGGAUUCGACCUGAAUUCUGAAAAAAGGUUAUAAUUGACCUUCUCCCAAUAAUCUUUCUUACUGAAUAGAUCUUGAAUGCACCAUGAUACUAACUGCUAACAUUAGCUACCUUCUUGCCGAUUUGAACAUGGAUUCGUAGUUGAAAAUGUAGUAUUGUUUCCGUCAAUAGAUGAGUUUGGGACGCAGUAAACUCAUUAUCCCCAGGAUGCUGUUAGUCUUGAGUCCUCACGAUACUACAGGAAGCUACAAUACUUACACUACUUUAGAAAAACCAGUACCGUCAAGUGUUCAGGAUUUUGGUUUCGACUUGGUAUCGAGUAUAAGUUCUCGUGACAUCCCUAGAUCCAACCCAAACACCAUAUGAAAAGGUUUCGCUAAAGGCCAACACCGGUUGUUGGUAUUUUCUGGAAGUCCAAACCAGAUUAAACGUGAACAGUUUCAGUCAUUAACGACGUCGUGUUUUAAAGAAGAUCUUGUCUGUUGUCGCUCAGACUGAAGUCUUGUGUUUGUAGAAACUUGAAAGACGUUUUUGUCCAGAGUUUGAGGAGCAGGUUGAUGCUCCCGGUCAGUAGACGUCUGUUUGUUAAUAGUGUAUCUAUAUGUGAAUAUUGAUAGAGCAGCUGAUGCUCACUUCCCUUCAGCCUGCAUGGUUCGAUUGAACUUAUUGAAUCUGCAGGACGCUCCAUCUUUACCCUUUCAUUCUGAGCGUCUGUUCAUCACCAAUUAAGGUAUUCUGAUUGUUUAAAGACAUAAAUGGUUAGAAGAAAACACCAUUAUAUCUUUAUUUACUGUUUUACAACUCAAGUUAGUCAUCCUUCUGAUGAAGUACAUAUCAAUAGAGAAGUGCAGGGAUGUUUCUGUGUUGGUCCCUGAAGGCAUCAUCUCCCUGGUCCAAUGGGAUUCCUCUGUGAUUUUGGAUUAUUGCGGAAAGUAAUCUCUGUGGGAAAUGAACCUUUAGCUUGUGUUAAUCACAGACUUUAUUUCCGGAUAACAAACAAAACCACAUCCAGAAAACCAUUGAAGAGGAAGUGUUUCGGACUCAUCCCUGCACCACUUUAUCAGCUCGUUCUAGGACCAAUCAGCUCGAGAUUCUUCAUUUUCUGCUAAAUCUGCAUUAAAGAAGAAUCUGUUGGUCAAUAUUUCAAUAAAGUAGUAUCAGAUGCAUGUAGCCGGGUCAGAGGUCAGAGUUUCAGAAAAUACAAAACGUAGUUUCUGCUUCCAACUUUUGCACUUACAAAGUUUUGUACAGUUUUGUACGUUCGCUCAUCGUUGUGCCUAAACAUGAGGUCAUGUUUCAGAGGAGCUUCCCCUCUCCAGUCGACUCAAACGUCAGAUUUAACGGAGAGGAAGUGGUUAAUAAUCCCGUCUGAGAUACGUCUGUACAUAAAGUCUCUAUAAGCUGUUCAUUAGAAGUGUCUUCAUCCAUUCAGCUGCUCCAACAGAAUCACCUUCCAAAUCUUCUUCCUUUCUUUCUGAUCGUAUUUUCUCGACUUUGCACAGUUACACCACUUUAAUCUGUUGUUCUGUAAUCUUGCUGUUGAUGCUGCUUCUCUGCUUUAUUUCCCCACUCGUUACCGAGUCUGUUCUGCGCCAGAGGCAAAUGACGUCUAAAAUAUUUCAGUUUAACUUUAUAAUGUCCAAAAACUACGUGAAGAGUUCUUGAGAUGGAAAUAUUCCAAGUUACAGUUCAAGCUUCAAAUUCUUUGAUACUGCUUUUGAAUUUUGAUAUAUCUUUUCUAAAAACCUUCACCUGUACAAUUUUUUUUUUAAAAAGUCUUAAGAUUGAAAAAAGUUUGAAUUUGAAAAAGUCAAAAAAUUUGAACAAAGUGUAAAUUUAGAAAAAUUCAGAAUUCUAAAAAAAGUCUAAAGUUUGAAAAAAGUCUAAAGUUUGAAAAAAGUCUGAAUUCAAAAAAAAAAAAGACUGAAUUUUGGAAAAAGUCUAACACUUGAACAAAAGUGUAGAUUUCGAAAAAAUAUUAAUUAAAAAAAAAAAAAUCACUUUUCGUCAGAUCUAAUAAAACCCACGAGGCCCUUAUCCUCUUCCUGAUAAUAUCGACCAUCUUUAGAAAUCAUAACUACCGAGACUUGAAGCAGGACAGAUUCGAGGUAACGUCACGCUGCCAAAUGGUUUCCCAGACUGUAGCUUUAAGAAGAUUUUCUGUUUAUUACUUUUUAUUUGCACGCGAUCACAAGCUGUCGUCUUGAAGAGAGGAUCUGUGUAGCUGGAUGGAAAAAUGUGAGGCUGAAUUCAAAGAAUGUUUUUAAGCCAAAAGUUAUUCGACUGAAUCUUAAAAUAUCUGUAGAAAAAGAUUCAUAAAUGUUUUUCUGUGUUUUUGCUUUUCUGUCCUUUUUAAUUGUGUUUUAUUUAAAGUACAUUUCCAGUGUUAUGGAGGUUUUCAAACUCAUUCUAUUUAACCUUUUUUUGGUUCAAAUUUCUGUUGUAUUUUUAAUAAUAUUCAGGGGAAAUCUAAUAUUUCUGAGGCUGAACAACGUGUGAUUUUAUAUUUUAGUUUUACUUACUGACUUUAUUUAUAACAAUAGGUCUGCAGUCAUUUACACAAUUGACAGAAGAUUCAUCUGCAUCCUUUUUGCAGUGAUUACUUAUUUGUUUAAAGUUAUUAAUCGAAGCAAAAAUAAAUUCAUUGUUUUCAGCUAAGUUAUUUUUGGAAAAAUUGUCAAGUUUUUUCACAUUUUCUGUCAUUUACAACAAAAAAAUGUGUUUAAGGAUUGAUCGAAAACAAUUAGCGACAGGUAAAAAAAAAUCAAAUCAUGAAAUUCUGGCUAUUUCAAGUAAUAUUAACAGAUCAUUAUUUCUCUUUUAAACUCUCUAUUACGACCUAGUAUAAAAAGAUAUUGAGAAAAUAUAUUUUUAAAGAAAAAGGUUUGUCAUUAUUUUAAGAAACUAAGUUAUGUCAAUACAUUAAUAGUCAUUUCUAGACAUUUCAGACAAUAAGCACCUUUUCUGAGAUAUUAUUUUUGACCACAUUUCUCACUAUAAUUACUUAUUUUGUUUUCUUCCAAAAGUCCCUAUUAAUCGUGUCUCAUCCUCCGACACUGAAAACCUCCAUCACACAGAUUUCUGUAUUUUAACGAUAACUUGAUGAUUUCUGAAAUUGAAACACCCCUAAAAAAAGUCAUUUGUGUAUAAAUGUCCACAGCUGCUUUAUUUGUGUUAGCUUCUUGUUCUUCAUCAUGUUAAAGCUUUCUGUUGUUUUAUCCUCUUUAUGUUUCCUCACAUCGACCCGUCAACGUCUGUCAGUAUUAAAGUCAUGUCUCACUCCGGAGAACAAUACGGUGAUAUUUCUCAGUUAAAUAAAGACUGCAAUUUUUAUUUGAAGAGAUUUUGCUUAAAAAAAUAGCUUUUAUUUUUGGGGUGUGAUGUGGACUUCCCAAAAUGUAAAAAAAAAUCCACAAAAUAAACAACCUUGUUUGCAAAUUACACUUCAAUAAUUUCCCAAUGUUUGGAUAAAUAAAGUAUAUAUAUCUAUAUAUCUAAUCACUCUGGCUGUUAUCUAAACUUCUAAUAAUUAAACUGAAUUAUGACCUUUUUUUCAAAAUGUAAAACAUUUGUUUUUAUUAAUAAAUUACUAGAAUUUUAUCUCUUUAAAGAAACUGCGUGAAACUGACAACAUUUUGCUAAUUUUGCUAAAUAUAAUUGAGAUUUUGAAUGUAGGACCUUCACCUGUACAGUUUUUUAAAAAGUCUAAAGAUUGAAGAAAAAGAUACCAUUUUGGAAAAAGACUACAUUUUCAACAAAGUCUGAAUUUAGAAAAAAGUUAAAACUUUGAAAAAAGUCAACAUUUUGAAUUUGUUUUGAAGAAAAGUCAAAAUUAUAUUUUUUAAUUGAAAACUUUAAGCACUUUAAAUGUAUUCGUUUGUGAAGCGUUGUGUGUCAUGUGACCCUAAAACUGUUCAUAUGAAAUAAUUAUUUUCUGAUUUGAUUUCCACGACACCAGCAGAUAUUCGUUCAGGUUAAAAAGCUGAGAAAUAACGGAAACUUCGGAGUGAGGUACGGCUUUAAAGAAACACCAAAGGGCUGCUGAAGUAGAAGAAGGGAAAUAAAAGCACGUCUAACAUUCACAGUAUUUUUUCAAAUUGUAAAUAUUAUUUCUUUUUGGACAAAUUCUCGACAAAUGAGAGGAUGUAUUUUUAUGCAACUGUAAAAUAAAAGUCUAUAUUCGAGUGUUCAUUAGGAGGGUCCCACGGCUGUAAAGAUGACGCAAAAUUACUUUUUAGUUUUUAACAGAAAACAAUUCAUCUACAUACUAUAAAUAUAUAUUAUAUUGUAUAUGAAAACUCUCAAUAAAAGAAAAUCUGUAUCGUAGAAAA